UAAUUGUUCAAGGUCUGCCUAGCCAACUCACCUGUAACAGCGUUGUUUCAUAUUUACAGAAUCCUGUCGUAAAUUAAACAUAACAUGUCUGAAAAACCAACGGAAUCGGACCAUUUUAAAGGAUGGCUGUGGAAAUGGACCAACUAUAUAAAGGGAUAUCAGCGGAGGUGGUUUGUUUUGUCAAAUGGAUUAUUAUCAUAUUAUAGAUCGCAAGCAGAAAUGGCGCAUACUUGCAGAGGUACCAUUAACUUAGCAGGCUCGUUUAUUGUAACUGAGGAUUCCCAUAAUUUCAUGAUAUCUAAUGGAGGAGCUCAAACGUUCCACCUAAAAGCAAGCAGUGAAGUCGAGAGGCAAAGAUGGAUUACCGCGUUAGAGUUGGCCAAAGUUAAAGCAACGCGUCUUGCGGAAAGCGAUGAUUCAUCCGAUGAGGAUAGUCUUGUUAUUGUCGAAAAUCCUGGCCCUUCUGAUUCAUUGUUACAGUCUGAAAUGGAAAAGAACGACCUGCGCAUUACUUUGAGAUCUUUAGUUGGGAAGCUAGAUGAUUUAGAAACUUGUAAUGACUUAAUUUCAAAGCACGGCGGGGCACUUCAAAGAGCAUUAUCCGAUCUAGAGAGCUUGGAAAAUAACCUUAUUAGUCAAAACGAUUCUUCUACCUUGUCAAGUCGAAUUAAAACUGUUAAUGAAAGAGCGACUUUGUUUCGUAUUACAUCAACAGCUAUGAUUAAUGCUUGUUCAGAUUUCUUACAACUUGCCCAAACUCAAGGCAAGCGUUGGCACAAGUCUAUUGUUCAUGAGCGAGAACAGCGUUUGCGGCUUGAAGAAACAGUUGAGACACUUGCUAAACAACAUAAUACUUUAGAACGUGCUCUACAUGCUGGUACAGGACCUCCAAGACCCGACCCUGGGAGCAAUGAUAAAGAUAACAAGUCAAAGCAAUCUGACGAAGCCGCCUCUGAUGACGAAGAUGAAUUUGUUGAUGCUUCGGAUAAAGGAUUUACAACUGAGUUUGUAAAAGAACAUAGGAAAACCCCAAGCACUGCAUCCAGUUCUUCUAUAGAGCAGAAUGGCUCUUCUAUUGCCCCAGUUGCAUCUGAUGAACAAGACAAGAUUCCUGGGAUGAAUGUGGAAAAACGAGUGAGAAGAAAGCGCAUUAAGGAUAAACCUAACUACAGUGUUAAUCUGUGGAGCAUUAUGAAAAAUUGUAUAGGGAAAGAUUUGUCCAAAAUACCAAUGCCGAUAAACUUCAAUGAGCCUCUCUCAAUGCUACAACGUUUGGGGGAAGAUUUAGAGUAUUCAAGCAUCUUGGAUCGAGCGGAAAAAUGCUCAACUUCUCAGGAGCAAAUGGCUCAUGUAGUUGCCUUUUCCGUGUCCAUGUAUUCAACUACUUUGUACAGAACUGGGAAGCCUUUUAAUCCACUAUUGGGGGAAACUUAUGAGUUGGACAGAAGAGAUGAUCUUGGAUUUCGAGUAAUUUGUGAGCAGGUUAGCCAUCAUCCCCCAGCUGCUGCAAUGCAUGUGGAUUCUGUGAAUAAAAGUCAAAGUUCUGGGUGGUCUUAUUGGGAAGAAAUCACCUUAGUCAGCAAAUUUCGCGGAAAGUAUUUAAACGUCACCCCAACAGGAGUUGUUCAUCUUAAAUUUCAUAAAAGCGGGAAUUACUACACUUGGAGAAAAGUUACCACCACUGUGCAUAAUAUUAUUGUGGGGAAGCUCUGGGUGGAUCAGUCUGGUGAUGCUGAGGUGGUGAACCAUACUACUGGUGAUAGGUGUAAGCAUAAGUAUUUUCCCUACAGUUACUUUUCAAGGGAAACCCCACGGAAAGUAUCAGGUGUGGUGGUUGAUGCGAAAGGGUUGGCUCAUUACGUGGUGUCUGGUACGUGGGAUGCACAGAUGGAUUGUGCUAAGAUUGUAACGGUAAACAAUGCAAAUAAGUCCAAGCCACUGUAUAAGACGCUCCCUUCCAAAAAGCUUUGGCAGACACAUCCUUUACCUGUUGGCGCAGAGAAAAUGUACUUCUUCACUGAUCUAGCUGUAACUUUAAAUGAGCAGGAACCAGAUGUUGCUCCAACUGAUUCGAGAUUGCGGCCGGAUCAAAGAACAAUGGAAGAAGGGAAUUGGGAUCUUGCAAAUGACCUUAAACAGAGAUUGGAGGACGCACAGAGAGGAAGAAGGAGGAGAAGAGAGGCGGAAACUGCUGCCAAGAAAGCUAUGGGACAAGAAGUUGAACCUUACAAACCUGUGUGGUUUGAACCUAAGAAAUGUCCUUUUACUGGUGAAAUAACGCAUGUGUUUAAGAAUACAUACUGGGAUAGGAAAGAAGCCAAGGAUUGGUCUGAUUGCCCAACUAUAUUCGAGCUACCACAAAAUGACUCUGAUGAACAAUCUGAAACCGGUAACAAUACUCCCUAAAUUAAAUGUUUGUGGGAAUUAGUGCAAUAAUGGUGAAAAGUAUAUUUUAUAUUGUUUUGAGUAAAAAAUUGCCAGUGAAAACAAUUAUUUACCCUUUGCCAUAGUUUGAAACAAAAGUUUUUACAAAAUGAUGGCUGGCAUAAGGUAGGCUAUUAAUUCUUUAUCAGAAUUAGGAUAAAAGCGAGUGCAAUACAUAAUCCUCUUUUUAAAUGCUUAUAAACUAAUUGAUCAGCCAAGUAUUGUUUAGAAGAAUUGAUUACACCAAACAAGUUUUUCCCUCCUUCAUGUAUAUCACUGUCUUCUGUUGUAAAAAUCUUGCCUUGUAAUACAUUUGAUUCAACAAAAUAAUUUAUUUCGAUAACAGUUAAUUUGGGUUUAUGGUCUAAGUGAUUGAAAGUGUGAAACAUUUUUAAGCAGAAGUCAAAGUUAUCCUACAAACUAUUCUGUGAUUCUAUAUUUGGUUAUUAAACCACUAAUGUCUUGACAGUGGUUAGUAGGCAUCUGAAAAACUGUUUCAAUAAAAUAUUCAUUUUGCUUUAGGCUAAAAUGCUAUCUCAAUUUGCAAAUAAUUGAUUCUAUAUUCAUUUCUAAAAUUUGUAUGACAUAGUCAUUGUUCAAAUCAGAGCUUUAAUUUUAUAAGAUCCCUUUUCUGUUGUAAUAUAAACUUUAAUUUAGAUUUUACAUCUAAAUGCUCAACCAGCAUGCUGAAAAGUAUAUAUCACUUCAACUGUGUUACAUGUUAAAUGUACAACUUGUGAACAUUUAAUUCUAUUCCAAAUGUACCAUUAUAUGGCACUCAUGAUUAAACUUUUGUGGCUCUUAUUUCCCCUUAUCGUACUCUUUCCUUGCUGUGUGUGUACAAAUGGCAUCUAUUUAAAUCGCAGCAGUUAAAAUUUGUAUUCAAAUCUUGUUUGGUGUAGAGUACCCUGCAAUUGUUCAUAUUUUGGUGGAAAGAAUGCAGUUAUAUAUUCAAUUGUCAAAUUUAAUCCUGUUGCCACUAAAUUGUUCUAUCACUAAGUUUAAUUGUGUAAGCCAGCAUAGGCGCCAAACCUGGGGUGGCAAGGUGGGCAGGUUUACCCUGGAAUUUUGUGCAAUGCAUUUAUCAGUAAACAGUUAAACCGAAUUUGUUCUUUAGAAAUGCUCAUCCUACUCCCUGUCACCCCCGCAUUUUUAAAAGUUUGGCGUCUAUGUAAGCCAGUAAUAUUUCAUUGAUUCUUGUACUUGCUCUAAAAGACUUUAGAAAAUAUUUUGCUUCAUCAUUAUGGAAAUACCCUAUGCUGUGUUUAGUAGCAUGCAAACUUAUUAUCGGUUGGGUUUUUCUUUAUGCUUCAAAUUCUAG